CGCGUCUCAAUUUGCGCCUAGCCUUUCUCGUUGUCGGAGAAUUAGUAACUUAGGGUGCACCACGAAUAUUCAAAACAGUUGUCACACCUCUGGGUCCCAUAAGAGGUCGACAACUUAAUACCACAACUGGCAACCCUGUUUAUACCUUCAAAGGAAUUCCAUAUGCUGAACCACCAGUUGGAUCACUGCGUUUUCAGCCACCAGUGCCUGUGUCUUCUUGGACUGAAGAAAAAGAUGCUUUGAUAACACCAAACAGAUGCAUACAGAUGGAUGGUUGGGGAAACAUAAAGGGAGAUGAAGACUGUCUGUACCUGAAUGUCUUUAGUCCAGAGUUGCCAUCAGAUACAAGUGUUCCAAGACCAGUAUUGGUGCUGAUACAUGUUGGCUGCUUCAGAACUGGUUAUGCUCAGCAGCGUUCAUUAGAUUAUUAUAUUGAUCAUGGAAUAGUGGUUGUAACCAUUCAGUACCGUCUUGGAGCCUUAGGGUUCAUGAGUACAGGUGACUCACUUCUUCCUGGAAAUCUUGGAAUGAAAGAUCAAGUCCUUGCACUGAAGUGGAUAAAACAAAACAUUAAGGCAUUUGGUGGCAAUCCAGAUGAAGUUACUAUUGCUGGUCAAAGUUCAGGAGGAUCUGCUGUACAUUACCACUUGCUGUCACCAUUAUCAAAAGGUCUUUUCAAGCGUGCUAUAGCACAGAGUGGAUCUGCGCUUAGUCCAUGGGCAUUUACUACAAAUGCUACAGAUAGAACAUUACGUUAUGCUUCCUACUUGGGAUUUAUUGGAGAAGGCACUUCAGAGCUUAUGAGUUUUCUGAUGACAGUUGAUGCCAAGGAGUUUGUGAAAGCAAGGGGGCCAGCUCUGGAUCCAGAGGACCGUAAAAAUGCCCUUAUCUGUGUAUGGGCUCCACAUGUGGAACCAGAAAAUGAAGGUGCAUUUCUGACUGAGCACCCAGCUAAACUGAUAUCAGAAAAUCAGUAUACACAUGUGCCAUACUUAACAGGUGUAACAAACUAUGAAUUGCUUGUUAGGACACAAGCCGAUGGACUAUUUGCAUCUGAAGAAGGUGCAAAGAAUCUGAAUGACAACUUUGAUCUCUAUGUUGCUGAUGAACUUCGAUUCUCAAGUAAAGAAAAACAGCUGCAAGUAGCAGAAGAAGUCCGGCAGUUUUACUAUGGAGAUAGUGAGAUCACUCCUUCAAAGAAUGACUCAACUGCAACUAUGCUCUCUGAUCUCCUUAUUGUGGAAGGAAUAGAUACCACCGUGCGGAAUAUGAGUAGAGAUUCUUCAGAACCUGUUUACUACUAUCAGUUUUCUUUCAGUGGACCACUUAAUGCAUUUCCAGAUUUCCCAGGAGCUAGCCAUGGAGAUGACAGGAGAUACAUGUCUUAUUAUGAAUCUCUUGAAUCAAGUUCAGCAGGACACCAAACAGCAGUGCAGCUGCUACAGAUGUGGACAAAUUUUGUCAAAUACAGUGAUCCUAAUCCAUACACUGGUGGAGUAGUUACAGCAGACUGGAAUGCAUAUAAGCCAGACAACCCUAAUUAUCUAGAAAUUGGCUCCACUAUUGAACCUGGUACAGCACCCAACAAGGAACGCAUGGAUUUCUGGCACAGUGUUAUGCCAUAAAUUAGAUGUAGUAAAACAUGAAAGUUAUUGAUGUGUGUUUAUCUUUUUGUCACAUGAAGUGUUGAUGAAAAC